AUGGGCUACCUCGAUACCCUGGACCCGCGGCGGCGGGCCAGGGUGCUGCAGCUGGGAGGCGCCGCCGCCGCCGCCCCGCGUCGUGGUGCCGCCGCUGCCGCCACAGCUGGGCUCGCCGCAGCCGGUGCGCCGCCCGCCCAGCUGCUCAGCCCUGCCGAGGUAUCACGCCUGCGGGUGCGGGAGCGGUCGCUGGCAGAGGAGAAUGCCAGCCUGCGGAGCAACCUGCAGGCGCUGCUGGCUCGCACCAAGGCACUCGACAGAGAGUUGCAGGCCCAGCGCCACGCCUCGCAGCAGCGGGAGCAGCGCGCCGCCGAACGGCACGCCGCCGCCGCGGCGCAGCAGGAGGAGCAGCUGCAGCGGCAGCGCAGGGCGCUGCUGGACCUGGCCGCCGCCGCCGAGAGCCUGGCGCGGGAGAAUGCGGAGCAGCACGCGCGCCUGGUGGCGCUGCAGGACGAGAACGCAGCGGGCAGCCGCAGCCGCGCGCUGCAGCAGGAGCGGCUGGCCGGCCUGCAGAGCGUGUGCCUGCAGCUGGAUCAGCAGGCAGCAGGCGGCAGCAUCAGCAUCGACGGCGGCGGCACUGGCAGCGGCGGCGGCGGCCAGCAUGCGGAGCUGUUGCAGCAGCUGACCUCCACGCUGAGAGCGCUGGGCCCCGCCAACGGCGCCACGGCGGCCGGCGCCGGCAAGCUGCCACCGGCGGUGGCUGCCGGCAAGGCGGAGGCUGCGGCCAGGGGGCUUCCCACUGACCUUCGCCUGGCUCUGAGGGAAGUGGAGGCGCUGCGGCGGCAGCGGCAGGGGCUGGAGGGGCGGCUGCGGGCGGCAGAGGCGCAGGCUGCCAGGCUGCAUGCCGAGCGGCAGGAGCUGCAGCAGAGCCUGGCCCGGGAGCGGCACGCGGCGGCCGCCGCCACGGCGGAGCUGCAGCGGCAGCUCAAGGCGGCGAGGGAGCGGGUUGAGGGCAUGGCCAGGAGCUGUGGGGAGAAGGAUGGCGCGCUGGAGCAGCGGGACCGGUAUGUGGCGCAGCUGGAGCGGCGCCUGUUGCAGCGCGGCCAGCCGGCUGCCGGGCGGCGGCGCUCCUCCGGCGGCGGCGGCGGCAAUGGGAGCGGCGCCGGCUGCACAAGCGCCGCGGCAGCCUCACGCCUCGUGGCAGAGGCGCUGUCGGCAGGCUGCGGAGGGAGGGUGCCUGCGUGCGAGCAGGUGAUGCCUGAGGCGGGAUGCGCCCCACGCAGCCAGCAUGCUGCCGCCACCGCCACGCUGUCUCCCAGCUUGCUGUCGCUGGCGGCCCUCUCCCCUGAGCCUGGUUCCUCCGGGACGGACUGGCAGCGGCGGCAGCAGGCGGGACAUGCCAACCGGCGUGAGCAGCAGCAGCAGCAGCAGCAGCCGGGCCUUCCGGCAGGCUUGGAUGGCUGCCAGCAGGGUGAAGCUGAGGAGUGCAGCCCCGGAGCGGACAGCACGAUCCCGGCAGACUCGCCGCGGCGGGACCUGCUGCCGCCGCGCCGGCUGCGCUGGGCACUUGAUUUAUCUUCCCAGCUUGAGCAGCAGGAGCAGCAGGAGGAGGAGGAGGGGGAUGCUGAAGAAGAGGCGUGGUGUGACUAUCGCUUGGGGAGCCCUCCCGAAGAGUCUCCCAUGCCAGGCCGGCACAGAGGCAGCGGCUUCGGCGGCAUGAGCGGCAGGCAGCAGCACUGCAGCCAGUGUGAUGCAGGCAUCAGCAGCAACCCGCUGUUCUCCUUCCGCCCACAGCCGGCAGCAGCAGGCUCAGAGCCCGCUCCCGCGGCUUUCUUGGCAGCUGGCGGCUGUGGCGGCGGCGGGCACACCAGCUCGUUUCACAACGAGCUGUUCUGCGCUGCGCCACAUGGCGGUGCGCCGCCGCUGCAUCCAGCCAGCCAACGCGGUGCCGCCACUGUCAGUGAGGGGGAGGGUGCUGAGGAGCAGCAGCUGCCCGCCCGCAUGCCCUCGGGAGAGUUCCCCUCUGUGUCGGCACUGCUGGAGGCGCUGACGCCUGGCUCCCAGCCAGCGGCGGCAGGCCCUCUGCAGGAGCAGGCAGCUGCUGGGGCAGGGGGCCAGAUGGGCUCUGCUGCUGUGCCCGGCAGGACAGCGGAGCCGCAGCCGCUGGCAACUGCAGCCUGCCAGCCGGACGCUGGCAGCCGGCCGGACAGCGGAGCCACCGACGCGGCCGUAGAGCGGAGGCUGCAGGAGGCGGUGGCCUGCUUCUUUGCCACGUCAGCACUGAAGCAGGCGCCAGACCAGCAUCAGCAGGGGCAGCAGGCCGGCGGCGGCCCUGCCGGCAGGUGGUAG